CGUUGAUAGACCAGGGAGCGGGCCUCAAUUCAUCAUGCCCUUGCAAGGAUCACAGUGGGGCAUCCCAGCCAUUUUGGUCUGGACCCCUGCUAGUUUCGUUCGUCAUCACUGGCUGAGCGGGUCGGUGGCUUUGGCUGCCCGGGCAGUUCCCGCACGAAUAUUGUGUAUCCCGGGUACGUACCCCAAGCUUGGGGGUGGAUUGCAACAUCCGAAGAAGCAAAGCGUUGUUGCGCACUGGUACUGGCACUGGCAGUUGGGGGGAGCACUUGGACUCUACGCAGUAGAGUUGCCUCUUCUUCUCUUCCUCCUCCACAACAGGCACAACCUCAGAGCGCAAUCCGUCUCGAGGCCCAAACUUCGAGCUCUCGGUACGUGCAGAGAUGCAUUGACGGUCUGCUGGGUCGAUCGAUAUACAUCUUGUUUUGCAGAGAAAGAGAGAAAAGAUACAACCUCUCACUCCCGGACUCUCCCCCGCCCGUUUCCAUCUCGAGCCCUGUCGCUUCAUCGCUUCUGGACUGAUUCACUUGCUCCCGCUGCUUGGCUGCCAGGACGAUCGCUACAUUGAUCGGUGCUCGACAUAAUUCCCUCGUCGUCGCCUGCCGAUUCCUUCGUUUCUCCAACCCCCUCCCUCAUCGCCGGCUCGAUAUCUUUCGUCGGGUCACAGGGACGACGACCACAUACCCGUAGAGCCCUAGCUCACGAUUCUAUAGCCAACUGGCACACCAAAAGGUACGGAGACACUUCCU